AACUUUCCUAAUUGCUGAAAUCAGAGUGCGAGGCGAUCAAUGAGGGAGGAGGUAGUGUUGAUCGUCGGGGCAGGGCAGUCCGGGCUGGCGACGGCGGCGUGCCUGACGGAGCUGUCGGUGCCGUGCCUCAUCCUGGAGCGCGACGGCUGCAUCGCCUCGUUGUGGCGGCAGCGAUGCUACGAUCGCGUCAAGCUCCAUCUGGCCAAGGAGUACAGCCAUCUCCCGCACUCGGCCCACCCGCCUGAGGCACCCACGUUCCUCCCCAAGAACGACUUCGUCCGCUACCUGGAUGACUACGCGGAGCGGUUCCGGCUCCGCGUGGCACUGAGCCGCGAGGUGGUGUCAGCGGAGUACCACGAGGCGUCGGGGAGGUGGCUGGUGACGGCGAGGAACACAGAAGAGAACGGCAGCGGCGCUGAGGAGCUUUACGCCGCGCGGUACCUUGUGGUGGCGAGCGGGGAAAACGCCGAUCCGGCGAUGCCGGAGAUCCCGGGUCUGGCGGAGUUCCGUGGGUCAGUGGUGCAUUCGAGCCGAUACCGGACGGGGAGGGACUACGAGGGGAAGGCCGUGCUCGUGGUGGGGGGCGGCAACUCCGGCAUGGAGAUAGCGCUCGACCUCGCCAACGGCGGGGUCCACACCACCUGCGUCGUCGUCAGGAGCCAGCUUCACAUAGUACCGAGGGGGAUAUGGUUCGUUGCCAUGCGUCUCAUGAAAUAUUUGCCAAUGUGGCUAGUCGACCACUUAAUUCUCCUCGCAUGUUAUUUCAUAUACGGGAAUCUCGCAAAGUAUGGCCUACACAGACCGCCGAUAGGACCCAUGUACAUGAAAAAGCACACCCCAAUAUACCCGGUCGUUGAUGUUGGCACGGUAAGCAAAAUUAAAUCAGGAGCCGUUCAGGUCGUUCCGUCGAUAAAGAGCAUCGACGGCCACAACGUCACAUUCACAGACGGAAAGAUUCAGAACUUCGACGCUGUCAUCCUCGCAACAGGCUACAGGAGCUCCGUCAAGAAAUGGCUUAAGGGUGAUGAUUUCCUGAUAGGAGAAGACGGAAUGUCGAAGCAGAAAUACCCUAACCACUGGAAAGGGAAGAAUAAGCUUUACUGCGCCGGACUUGUGAGAAUGGGAAUUCUAGGCUCCGGAGAGGAUGCUCAAAAGAUUGCUAAGGAUAUUGCUGGUGACUAUCGCAACAUUUAGUAGCGUUUCUCCAUCUGUUCCGAAUAUAAAAUAUGCAUGCACGAGGAUUAUUAUGUGACAAGAAGAAUUGGGGUCCUUUUCUACACUUUAUAUUAUUGGUUUUAGACAGUGAAUAAACCAUUGAAAUGUGUAUUCAGUGACAAUUGUUCGUUCAGUUAUUCCUGGGAUAGCAAAAAAGGGCAAAUAUUUACUUAUU